UCCUCCUCCUCCUCCUCCUCCUCCUGCUGCUGCUCCUUCUCGUCGUCCAUCAGAAGAUACACACACCGGAGUUGUUCUACUUCACCAGCAAGCCGUGCCCAGUUGUUUGUUCCGUGCGUGCGAGUGUGGCUGCUUGAUGAGGUGACCUAUGCAUCGCGAGUAGCCGUCAAAAGCGGGGCCAUCCCCUGUUUGUUCUUGUGAGUUGAGCAUGAGUAUGGAGGAUUAUGACUACCUGUUCAAAAUCGUUCUGAUCGGGAACGCCGGAGUCGGGAAGACAUGUCUGGUGCGGCGCUUCACUCAGGGCCUUUUCCCGCCCGGGCAGGGGGCGACCAUCGGGGUGGACUUCAUGAUUAAGACGGUGGAGAUUAAGGGGCAGAAGGUGAAGCUGCAGAUAUGGGACACGGCAGGCCAGGAGAGGUUCCGCUCCAUCACUCAGAGUUACUACCGCAGUGCCAACGCCCUCAUUCUCACCUACGACAUCACCUGCGAGGACUCCUUCCGGUGCCUUCCCGAGUGGCUGCGCGAGAUCGAGCAGUACGCCAACAACCAGGUGGUCACUGUAUUAGUCGGUAAUAAGAUCGACCUGUCAGAGAAGCGUGAGGUGGCGCGGCAGCGCGCCGAGGACUUUGCGGAGGCGCAGCGCAUGCUGUACCUGGAGACCUCCGCCAAGGAGUCGGACAACGUGGAGAAGCUCUUCCUGGAUUUGGCCUGCCAGCUCAUCCGCGAGGCCAAGCGCAACAAGCUGGACGACAACGAGGCCGCGCCCGCGCCCGGCGAGGGCAAAGCCAUCAGCUACCUGAGCUGCUGCAGCCUCAACUAGCGCGUCGUCACGGCAACCCAUCACGCCGCGCGUCUCGGUAUUCACCAGCAGUGUUAUUGGCGCUCUGUCGCCGUUUCCGUCGGGGAAUGUGCUUUCUUUCCGAAUAUGUUGCACAAUUGUCUCGACCGCGUGGAAAGCCGCUGCAGCGCUUUGUCCUUUUCCUUCGGCGCCGCGUACCCGUAUUCUCAGCGCACGGGUAGAAGUUCCGCUGCUCCUUUUCUACUACUGCGUGACAUCUCUGUAAAUGUUGUUUCUUAACAUCUAGCGUACUUGUACUACUUUUCAGAUGUAUGCAAAGAUGUCAGACAGUCGUGGAAAAGCGCUACGACAAGUGUGUGACUCGUCAGCAAAGCGCUUACUCAGCUACGUACGGCUUUCCGGACGUCCUUGCGCCUCGACAAACUGUGAAAUAUUUUGCCUCCGACUUGCUGCUACCGUUUGGUUUUAGACAGUGUGAAUCAGCAUUUUAUGCCCUUUUUUAGUUUAGUUUUUUUUGGGGGGGGGGGCGUACUGGCGUUUUGCGCUUCUUUUGCUAACAUGGCCUCCCGUGGUGUCGUUUGUGUCUAGUUUUGUGUUUCAUGCGCUUGCCGGCAUGUUUUUCUCCACAGCUGCAAUGUCGGGCUCAUGUAUUUAUCAUAAGUGUAACGUACUGUAUUGCACACACACACAUGCCACAUAACUGCACACGUCAUUGUUUUUCUUUUUACUGUUACAGUUUUUGUUCUUGUACAAAUUUAGCACUUUGCUUUUGAUACUUAUACUUUUUUUAAAAAUUUUAUUUGCCGUUACUUAUCGUUAAUCUAUUGGAUUGUUGUUAACGCAGUAGGAAAACACUACGGGGAGAUUUCUCUGUAUAAAAUAUACCCUUAAGUACUCUGUACGUAUAAUAUUAAAUAAUCCAACUAAA